AUGCCGCUAACAAACGCAGAAAGAUUACGAAGAUUCAGAGACAAGUUAAAAGCUGAUCCUGUAAGAUAUAACGAACACAAAAAGAAAGAGAGAAAGCGAUACCAUGAUAACAAAGUGGAUGGGACAGUUAAACUUAUUAAUGAGAAAACAGAAAGGGCACAGAGACAACAAAGAAAAAAAUGGAGAGGAUACAAAAGAACUCAAAGACAAAAAUUAAAAGAUGUUGAGCAACAGUUAACACCACCUAUCUCGCCUGUUGGUGAUGGCCCGCCUGAUGCACAAUUCGUGUUUCCUUCAUGUUCCCGUCAAAAAAUUCAAUCUAAUAAGAAGAGAAACCGAGAGAAAGCUAAAGUAUAUAGAGAUAAUCGAAUACUAGAGAAGAAACUUGAAAAUGCAAGUAGAACCAUAGAGAGACUAAAAAAGAGAUUGGCGCGUUCAACAAAUAAAGUAAAUUCUCCACGAAGUAAGACAAGAAAAUUGCUAAGACAUUUUGGACAUAAUAAUAAUGUAAGAAGGACACUAACAUAUCAUUAUGCGAUCUUACAACAAAUGAGAGAAAAGUAUAAAGAGUCAAAGCAGAAAAGAGUGAUUGCUGCAGCAGUCAUAGGUAGUGUUACAGCAAAAUACAAACUUAAAGACUUUUUAAGAAAGGAAUUAGGCAUGCGUUGCAAACAGGGAAAGCCCAAGAAAAGAUGCACUGUAUCUGUCAAACUUAAAAAGGAGGUGCAUGAUUUCUUUGAACGUGACGACAACUCAAGAAUGACAACAGGCAUCCGACAAACUGUCACUCGAAAUAAAGUAAAGCGUCAGAAGCGAUUGAUGCAAGAUACACUUGCAAAUCUGUAUUCUAAAUACCAAUCUGAGAGUAACCAAGUCAUCAGCUUCACUACAUUUUACAGACUCAAACCAUUUUGGGUCAAAUAUCCUACAGAACAAGACAGACAAACCUGCUUGUGUAAAACAUGCGAAAAUCUUGGAUUCAUGAUCAAAGAACUGUAUAAAAAUGAUGUCAUUACCACUACUUGCAUGGAUGCCAUAGUGGAGGAUGUUGUUUGUUCCACACAAGACAUUGACUGCAUGUAUGGGAAGUGUGAAACAUGUAAGGAGAAACGAAUUAUAACAAAGCCCUUUGAUCAAAACCUUGUGGUAACUUAUAGUGAGUGGGUAACAGAGAAAGAGACAAGAAAACUUCAGAAGAGUGGAGAAAUGAAAGAUGUAACAGUUACGACAAAGAAAGAAACAGAAACAUUUUUAGGAUUCUUACUGGAUCGUGUCCAUGAUGAACUAUGGCUGAAGUAUAGAAGACAUUCCUACAAUAUCAAAAACCAAUUCCGCCAUUACAAGAAAGUCAGAGAAACUCUUAAAUCAACUGAAUGCUUUAUUCAUAUUGACUUUGCAGAAAAUUUUGUGGGAAAACUUUCAAGUGAAAUACAAAGUAAACAUUUCGGGGCUUCAAAGACACAGAUAUCGCUCCACACUGGAUACUUUAUAACAGGCUCCAUGGAAGCAAUACAGUCAUUUUGUGGUGUAUCAGAUAUCCUGCAGCAUGACCCAAUCACUGUAUGGACAUUUCUUCGACCAAUAUUACAGAAGAUCAGAGAGCUUUUUCCUGAAGUAGACACCCUACAUUUCUACAUUGAUGGACCAACAACCCAGUAUCGACAAAAGCUGAAUUUCUAUUUGUUCUGUACAGAAAUAUAUGAACUUGGUUUUGAUAAAGCGUAUUGGAAUUUUCAAGCUGCAGGUCAUGGAAAAGGUAUUCCCGACGGAAUUGGAGCUGUAGUGAAGCGUUCUGCAGAUAUGAGAGUUCGACAUGGUCAUGAUAUAAUAAACGCAUCAACUUUGAUUGAACAAGUUUCAAAGGCAAUCAAUCCUAAAUUAACAGAAAAUAUAGUAUUACAUUAUUUCAAAUAUUAA